AUGUUUAUUUUUAUUUUCUUAAUCAUUAAUGUUUAAUCUUACAGAAUCAGAUAAAUACAAAAUGAAUCACUUUAAUUUCAGAUUCCUACUGAAAGAGAGACAAAAUUGCUUGCUCUCUAUUAAGCUAAAGAUGCAAAACUGAUUGUAAAUGAAACGAUGCCAUUUUGUUAAUUGAAGGAAAUAAACCUAAUUUUUGAAACUAAAACAUAGCACUUUGAGAAUAUCGUAACUAUGGUACACAUUAGAGAUGGAGUGAUAUUCAUCACCUCAGAUUAUUUGUUAUAUUUGAUGAAAUUCAACUAUUAGAACUUCAAUGGUGAGUUUGCUAAAUUAGCUUGGAAAGCAGAUUUCAAAGAAUUAGGCUUAGAUACAUUGGCUGAAAUGCCUUAAUUACUGUAUUGUAGCACAAGUAAUUUGGGAAUACUCUUCCAAACAAGAGGAGCAAUCUUGUUUAGUGUUUAAUAAAUGGAAUAAAAGGCAUAAAAACUGUAAAUAAGAGAUUUAAUUGAAAUAAAACAAAGAAAGGAGAGAGGUGUCACAAAAGAAUAUGAGAAUUAUAUAUUCUCAUGUGUAGGUCAGGAUGGUUUAGAUCUUUAUAAAAUAAUUGGAAAUGAAUUACAUUUUAUUGAUUAGAUAUCAAAUACAAGAUUCAAAGAUUUAGCAAUCUUGAAAAUAGAUAAUACUAUUUAUCUAGUUCUAUUAGAUGAGCAACAGUAGAGUAUCUCUGUAUAUCAAAUGGAUGCUGUUAGGAUUAAAAUUUCAUUAAAAUUGCAACAUAAAUUGUAAUUAAGCAAUCUGGAAUUCAUUGCAAUUGAUAAUUAUAAAAGCAACAUAUUUGUUGUCUAUGAAUACCAUCACAAAUAUAUCUGUGUAGAAUAUCUAUUUACAGAAAAGGAAUUAACUCAGCUUAAUUCAUUUGAAACAUUUAGUAAAAUCAAAGAUGUUGAUGUUUCAGAAUAGUUUGCUAUCUUGUAAGGAUAAAACAAACAUCACAUAAUGUUUGUGACUAAAUUUGACGGUCUCUAAAUAAGCCAUGUUCCAUAAUAUACGCUAUUAGGAGCAAUUGACAUAGAUUUCUUUUAUUUGACAAAUAUAGAUCUUUCUAUGAGUCAUUUAAUGGAUUAAAAUGAUUUCUCUAUUGAGAAUUUCUUUUUUGGAACUUCAAAAUCUGGAUUGUUUUACACCAAAUUUAAGAUCCAAGAUCCCUAUAUUAUUUGCAAUCCUCUAUCAAAUCAAUCAAGUUCUGAAUAACAUUAUCAAAUAAUCUAAAAUGAAUCUGUUAUUAUUUAAACUAACUUUCAAAACAAUUUAAUAGUAUAAAGAUAAACAAAUAUCACUAUUUUAGCUUUUGAUGACGAUGAGAAUUCCUAUUCAAACAUAAUUAUCUAUUUGGGUAUCCCAAUAGGACUAGCAAUUUUAUUAUUGGGAAUAUGUUUUUGGUUUAUAUCUAAGAACUAAGAAAUUGAAAAAUUAGAAACAGAAAUUACUGCGAUUAAAACUAAGAAAAAUUCUGGAUUAGCUGUUGCAGUAGAGUUUACUACACCUUAAAUCAUUUAGAUCAUAAAUUCUCCUAAUAUACCAAGUCCUUUCUCAAACACUGAAAGAACAAAUGUAAACUCAAACUUAGCCAAUGCCGAUGGUUGA